AUGGGUUCUUGCUGGAGCAGUCGGAUGAAGGCAGUGAGCCCUUCCAGUGCUGGGUUCACUUCUAGAAGUGUGAGCAGAGAGGGCUAUGACAUUCAUUCGAGUAGCAGGAACUCAUCAGCCUCCAUACCCAUGACCCCUCGGAGCGAGGGUGAGAUCUUACAAUCUUCCAAUUUGAAAAGCUACAGCUACAAUGAGUUAAGAAUAGCAACAAAACAUUUCAGCCCAGACAAUGUCUUAGGGGAGGGUGGAUUUGGUUCAGUUUUCAAGGGCUGGAUUGAUGAACAUUCGCUUGCUGUUACCAGGCCGGGAAUAGGAAUGGUUGUUGCUGUGAAGAGACUUAACCAAGAGGGGUUCCAAGGUCACAAGGAAUGGUUGGCUGAAAUCAACUAUCUUGGGCAAUUGCAGCAUCCUAAUCUUGUCAAGCUGAUAGGGUACUGCUUAGAGGAUCAGCACCGGCUUCUAGUUUAUGAAUAUAUGCCUAAAGGCAGCGUGGAGAAUCAUCUAUUCAGGAGGGGAUCUCAUUUUCAGCAGCUUUCUUGGACUCUAAGAUUGAAAAUAUCCCUUGGGGCUGCUAGGGGUCUUGCUUUUCUCCAUAACACAGAAACUAAAGUCAUAUACCGUGACUUUAAGACUUCUAACAUCCUGCUUGAUACUAACUAUAAUGCCAGACUUUCUGAUUUUGGGCUGGCCAGAGAUGGACCAACUGGUGAUAAGAGCCAUGUUUCCACAAGGGUCAUGGGAACCCAUGGAUAUGCAGCACCAGAGUAUCUAGCAACAGGUCACCUCACUGCCAAGAGUGAUGUCUAUAGUUUUGGAGUGGUUCUUUUGGAAAUGUUAUCAGGAAGACGAGCCAUAGACAAGAACAGGCCAUCUGGAGAACAAUGCUUAGUUGAAUGGGCAAAACCUUACCUUGCAAACAAACGUAGGGUUUUUCGUGUAAUGGAUAGUCGUCUUGAAGGUCAGUAUUCCCUAAACCAAGCUCAAAGAGCAGCCACGCUUGCUUUUCAAUGUCUUUCUGUAGAGCCCAAAUACAGGCCAAAGAUGGAUGAGGUGGUGAGAGUAUUGGAGCAACUAGGCGAGUCAAAUGAUGAGGUGAAAAGUGGUGAGCAUAAAAGGCGUAGAGCAAGUGGCUCUGGUGGCCAUGGCCAUCCCAAUGGACUCCCUGCAUCUGCUAGCAUAGGAAGUUCUGUUGGUCCAAAAAAGUUUGCCUAUCCAAGGCCUUCUGCUUCUCUCCUUUAUGCUUAA